UUGGACCAACUCCUAUAAAGAGCUUUCGCUUGCGUUUUUAUGAUAAUAACCUCCUCAUCUUAAACCCCUUCGUCUCCAGAGAAUUCUAAUCUAUCCUCCCAAAACUCAACCUUGUUCUUUUCUCUUCUUCUCAGAAUCUCGGAUCUUCAAUCGGCUACGCGAUUAGGGCUUCACUAAUUUCUUCACAUUGAGACAAUGAACGGAGACAAAGCUAACAAUUACGAGGCCUCCUGGGCCGAUCAGUGGGAUUACAACAGCAACUCCUCCUACCCCGUCGUGGUCAAAGGCGGCGGAACCACCGCCAAGUACAAGCAAAAGGUCGGCGAAGGCCUCGUCAAAACAAAGGCGGUGGCUUCCACCGGCGCUAAAAAGGUCAAGGAAGGGGCCUCCGCUGGGUUUCAAUGGAUCAAACAAAAGUGCCAGAAGAAAUAGCAGACUCUUCAUUGAGGCAGAGACCUCUGCAGAUACACAGUUUUAAUCUUCGUUUUUAAUUUUU